AGUACAGUACAUUACGUUACAGUGCAGUAUGGUAAGGUUGAUAUAGUGUAAUAGUGUACUAUAGUAGAUGUGUGUUUUGUAGCUAAUUGUUUGUGAUGAUGCAGUGUGGGUGUUAGUUUCCAAACAUAUGGGAGGAGUGUUAAGUGCUCUUUCAGCUGUCACAGCCAAUGAGUAGGAUUCUUAUCCGUGGCAUCUGUGAACACACAGCACAAUGUAGGAUUGUUUGUUUCGUUUCUGGCAACUCUCCGCCUGAUACGUUGAAGACUGUUGUCUACAGAAUGUUGGUCGUCACAGGAAAACUCAAGUGCACAGCUGUAAUUCGAAACCUCUUCCUGUGGUUUCUAUUGGCCAACAUCAUGCUGGUGCUAUACUGCGUGAAAGUGCUGAGCCAAAACGGCCUCCAAGAAGAAACCUGUGCCCUCAAUGUGCUCGGUAAAAACCUGACAAGACCUUCUGGAAGCGUCCAAACAGGCGAGUGCUCCCCUGUGGGAAACAUCAUGUUCAUGAAGACGCACAAAACGGCCAGCAGCACGCUCCUGAACAUCCUUUUCCGCUUUGGGCAAAAGCACCAGCUGAAGUUCGCCUUCCCCGACGGACGCAACGACUUCUUCUACCCGUCACCAUUCCGGUGCUCCCAGGUGAAGGGCUACCAGCCUGGCGAGUGCUUCAACAUCCUGUGCAACCACAUGCGCUUCCAACGCCAAGAGGUGGCCAAGCUGUUACCUCCCGAUGCUGUCUACGUCACCAUCUUACGCAACCCGGCCGACCUCUUCGAGUCGUCCUUCCACUACUACCACAGAGCGGUUCCCUUCACGUGGAGGAUCGCCGCGGAGAACAAAAUGGCGGCGUUCCUCGAGAGCCCUUGGGAAUACUACAGCGUGGAUGCCUACAACUCAUUCUACCUGAGGAACUUGCUCUUUUUCGACUUUGGUUUGGAUAACAACCUGGAGCCUGAGGAUGCAAAAGUGAUGGAGUCCAUUUUGGAUUUGUCCACAAGGUUUCAUCUGGUUCUCAUUGCAGAACACUUUGAGGAGUCCCUCAUCCUCCUCAAAGAAACACUCUGCUGGACGACGGAGGACAUCCUGUACUUUAAACACAACGCUCGCAAGAGGUCAUCCGUCACCCUCCUGACCCCAGAGAUGAGGGAGAGGGCUUUGCGGUGGAACGGCGCCGACUGGAUGCUCUACCAGCACUUCAACAACACCUUCUGGGCCAAGGUGGAAGCAUAUGGGAGAGAGAGAAUGAAGCGGCAAGUCAUAGAGCUCAGGAGGAGGAACGCCGAGAUGAAAGCCAUCUGCAUCGAAGGUGGAGAAGCAGUGGAAGCCCAGACAAUUCAUGAUAGACGGUUUUUACCCUGGCAGCCCGUCGGGGGAAAAUCCAUCCUGGGGUACAACAUGAGGAAAGAUAUCGAUGCCAAGUGGAGGACCGUCUGUGAGAGGAUGCUCACGCCUGAAAUACAAUUCUUGGCUGACUUGGGGGUCAAUCUGUGGCUUACUAGACUGUGGGGUUGGUUAACGGAUGCCAUUUAUUGACUCUUUUUGCAAUGUAAACUGGAGUCCAUACAUUUGCUGACAUCAUAAAGCAGUCAGCAUUACCACUAUUUAUUAUUUUUUACUGUGUAAUAACAAAGUUCAUAUUGGUAUUCAAACCUUUUGUAAAAAGGCUAACAAAAUGUCAGAUACAGUAUAUUUAAAGACAAAGCUUGCCACGCUGCCUUAAGAGAGCCUAGUGACAUUUAUGCCAUAGAGUUUUUUAAACUUUAUUUCCAAGCCAUUGUGGCAAUGCUGAAUGAAUAUAGGUGGAACUUAACAGAGGAUAUUCAUGUUUUAAAACAUUUUAGAACCGUCAUCACUGUCCCUUAAAUUAGCCUGAAAUACGCUACACAAAAACUCACACGAUUGUUCCUCACAACCAAAAAUAUCCCAUUGAAAAUGCCACUAUUGAGCCCACGUUUAUCUGAACGUAAUAUAAUCCUUUUAACUUUUCAAUUUGGACUACUGACCUUCAGUUUUUGUUAUAUUUAUCCACCAGAUGGUGCUACUUUCUCCCAUUGAAAGAAUGCAAUAAAAUGUUCCACCUCCUACUGUCUUGCUACUGAAAUGAUACAGUGUCUCUGUUGAUGUUUGGAAUGGUACAGAUAUGUGCAUUUUCACAGUUUUUGGGAUGCUGAUAUUUAUUGAGGAUCUUCGGUGUGUUUUUGUGUUAAAUCUGACAUUAAUUCAUGCUAGAUAUGUUUCAGGAUUGAGUAGUUUUAAAAGAUGGAUCAAUAAAAAUGAAUAUUUUACUUUACUACUCUGUGAUACGUCCAAGAGUCAGUAUCUAGAAGUUCCAACAUGAACACUAACUGGUACAGUUCAUAAGAAUAAAUGUUUUAGUAACUGGCACCUUAGUCUUUGUCCUUAUACAGGAUUCAAACAAUGUACAUAUACAGUAGGCUUGUCAUGGUAGUAAAUCAAUUAACCGCACAAUCAACAAAAACAAACUCUAUAAUUUGACUGGCCUCAAUAUAUUGACUU